GGUGCUGUGUGUUGUUCCGGGUCGGCAGGGCUGCAACAUGGCGGCGCCCAUGGAGCUGUACUCCUGGGCCGGGGGUUGGGGGUUGCCUUCGGUGGAUCCCGACUGCCUGGCCGUCUUGACUUACGCCCGUUUCACAGGAGCACCCCUCAAGGUUCACAAAAUCACAAAUCCUUGGAGAAGCCCCUCAGGAACCCUCCCAGCGCUGAAGACCAAAGAUGAGGGCGUCAUCGCAGAUACUCAGCAAAUCAUUACCCACCUCAGGAAACAGAAAUUCAAUGCUGACUACGACCUCUCAGCUCGGCAGGGGGCCGACACGCUGGCCUUUGCAUCCUUGAUGCAGGAGAAGCUGCUGCCGGUGUUGAUCCACACGUUCUGGGUGGACGCCAAGAAUUACGUGGAACACACGCGGAAGUGGUACGCCGAGGCCAUUCCCUUCCCCCUGAACUUUUUCCUGCCGGGCCGUAUGCAGAAGCACCAGCUGGAGCGGCUGCAGACAGUCUGCGGGGAGAACUGCUUGGAGAAUGAGGAGGAGCUGGAGAAGGAGCUGUACCGCGAAGCCCGCGAGUGCCUGACGCUCUUGUCACAGCGCCUUGGCAGGCAGAAGUUCUUCUUCGGAGACUCCCCUGCUUCCCUGGACGCCAUUGUCUUCAGCCACUUGGCUCCGCUCCUGAAAGCCAAACUGCCCAACGGGAAAUUUCAGCAACACCUGAAGUCCCUGCCGAACCUCUGCAAUUACUGCACGGCCAUCUUAAGCCUCUACUUCCCUUGGGAUGGAGGGGACCCCCCGCCCAGCGUCCCCAAAGCCGCUGCCGGGGAUGGGAACGACACGGAGGAGGAGCCCUUCAAACGUCGGAACCAAAUCCUGUCAGUGCUGGUGGGCCUGGCAGCCAUGGUCGGCUAUGCGCUCAUCACGGGCAUCGUCUCCAUCCAGAAGCAGGCGCCUAGCCAUGUGGGCCCCCGCGCCAUCGCUCUGGAGGAGGAGGAGGAGGAAGAAGAGGAGUGAAGUGCCCGGCUGAGGGACAGUGUGCUUCGUGUUUUUCAAACGGAGCCUUGUUUUUUGUACAACGUUAGACCUGAUGCAGCUGCCUCCCCUCAGACUCUUCUGUCUCUUUCUCUUUCCUCUUGUUCAUUCCGGAAUUCGGGGCUGGGUGGGGGGCAGCCAGCCAAGGCCAAUAAAUGUACGCGACCCA